AGUAAGAUCCACUUCCGGUAUAUGACCCUGUGGUGGCAAACAAAACGUUUUUGAUUGGAUGCUGGAGGCGGUAAAACUAGUUUUGUUUAUCGUUCUCUUCUCUCUGAAGUGGUUUUUAGUUAGUGCGUUGGUGCAAGUCGCAACUUUAAUUUAUAUUAAUGAACUCAAUUAGUAUGAACGGAUUCUCGCUAAAUGUUUAUUAUUUUUUUAUUAGUAUUUACGUUUGUUCCGCGUAUUCUCCAGCGGGUUUGUAUAUCGAUAAUGGAUUAGAUCAGACCAUAAUUGAUCGGGCUAUGAGUACACAAGAAAAGCAUGAAAUGGAACUUGAAAUUUUAAAUUUAUUGGGACUACCCAAUCGUCCCAGGCGAGGUAUAAAUGCGCCACUACGAAAAUCGGCACCGAGAUUUUUGAUGGACGUGUAUCGAUCAUUAAUGGAAAAGGACGAAGAGGGCAUUGGUAGAGUUGAUAGAAGUGCAGAUUUAUACAUCAGCGGUGAGGAGCAAACUGCGAUUGACGAAAGCGACGUUAUUAUGACAUUCGAGAGCAGUCAUCACGUGAGUGGUGUUCGCCAUGAGAGAGGCAAACGUCUGUGGUUUAAUUUUACCGAAGUUCCUAUCCAGAAUGAAAUUGUGGGUGCCGAGUUACGUAUAUACCAAAAUAAUAUAAAUAAUUCCAUGCAUUCUAACGUUUCAUAUACAGUAACAGCAUAUCAGCUCAUUAACUCUGAAGAGGGAGAGAGGGAGUUGGAGUACAUAAUUGCAGUGAAUACAACUGAAGAUUUUACUGGAUGGUUAGAGUUAAACUUGACAAACAGCUUAUCUACCUGGGUGGCAUUCCCCAACUCAAAUAAAGGUCUCUAUUUAUCUGUCCAUCCAGCAGAAAAGCCAGCACGUGAAAUUAGACCGGAAGAUAUCGGUUUGGUAACCAUAAAAGGAGACGAUGAAACUCAACCAUUUAUGGUUGCGUUUCUUAAGGCCACAAAUCAUGUUAAAACGCGAACAAGUAGAGAAAUACGGAGGGUUCGUAAAACUGAUUAUCCGACAUUGAUGAAAAAUUCUGGUGAAGUGGUGGCGACACAUGACUGGAGAAGUUGCAAAAUUAACACUUUGUAUAUCAGCUUUAAAGAUUUAAAGUGGCAGGAUUGGAUCAUAGCACCUGACGGUUAUGCGGCCUAUUAUUGUGCAGGAGAAUGCAAUUUCCCAUUGAAUUCCCAUAUGAAUGCUACAAAUCACGCAAUUGUGCAGACGUUGGUGCAUUUAAUGAGUCCAUUGAAGUAUCCCAAACCAUGCUGUGCACCUACAAAGCUCACACCAAUAUCUGUAUUAUAUUUUUUGGAUGAGUCGAAUGUUAUACUUAAGAAGUACAAGAAGAUGGUUGUUAAAAGCUGUGGUUGUCAUUAGUGUGCUCUGUAAUAAUUUGUAAAUAGGAUUGUAUAUAAUAAAUUUUUAUCGUUUUA